AUGUCGCUGCCGGCGGUCGCCGAGGAGGACUGCGCCGGCCCUGCAGCGGCGGCGGCUGCGGCGCGCUCGCCCUACCGCAUGCUCAUGCGAUCCAUCAGUGACGAGCCGACCAGCGAGUCGCCGUACGCGACCGGCUACCGCCGCGUCUCCAUCUCCGCGGCCCUGCACCGAGCAGACCCGCCGCCCAAGUACGCCACCAGCCUCUGCUCGGCCGCCUUCCUGCUCAAGCUGCUGCAGCUGGUGCUGACGACUGCGGCGGCGGCGCUGCUGGCCGAGGGCAACGGGCUGCUGCAUGUGCCCGCCAGCCCCAAGCUCAUCUUCCCGCACGUCACCUACACCGCCUACAUCGUCAUCCCCAGCGUCAUCGUGCUCAGCUACCUGCUCGGACAGAAGAUGCACGAGAUGCUGAUCCGCCUGGUGCUGGCUGUGGGCAUCGUGAUGCACGUGUCGGCAGCAGUGUGCGCAGGCGCGGAGCUGCGGCCCAACUGGGAGCAGUGGUCGGAGGGCAGCCUGCACCUGGGCAGGUGGCUGUGGGUGCUGGAGGCGCUCAUGGCGCUCGCCGCCGCCGCCGUCCAGGCCGCAGACCUCGCCACCUCCAUCACCCUCUCCUACCGGCGCGCAGCCUCCGUCUGAAGUCGCACCGACCCACCACUCCUCUGAACAAGAACAGACUGAAGUGCAGGCAUAGUGUAUGAGCGACACUAGCUUUGGACAUGCUAACAGUUUCACUUGUGAUGCAAUUACACGAUUCAGAGUGUCGUUAAAUGUAAAUACACCUAGGUAUGACAAUAAUUCUGUUGUCCCCCUUAGUUUAAGAGCUGCUGUUUUAUAAAAACACAGAAAAUUAAA